GGGGUGUCGAGCGUUGUAAACAACGUUGUAUACAACGCUGGAAACGUCGUGUGGGACCCGCAUAACUUGUUAACCUCUGGGGGGUUAGACAUUUGUCAGAACUGUCAGGCAUCUUCCUUACUUAAUACCUUAAUAAUCCAGAAACGCCGAAAAUAAACUUUCCUUGUAAUUUCUGAUGUAUGAAAAGUAUCUUUCUCAUACAAGCUGUUCUCAUUUUCGAUUUCCGACAAUAUCUUAUCGCCUAGUACCUAACAGACAUGGAUACAAUAGGGGCAGAAGUUGGGCAAAAAAUGAGGUCAGCAAUCAAGGCAAAACUACUGGAACUUAGUUGUUACGUAGAUGAUGAGCUACCAGACUAUAUCAUGGUGAUGGUAGCAAACAAGAGGACAAAAUCUCAGAUGAAUGAAGACUUGCACUUGUUUUUGAAUGAUAAAACCGAGACCUUUGUAGAAUGGCUACACAUAGUCCUGAAAAAACUGAAGGAGGUGACAGUAACUAACCCUGAGGUAUACAAGAGGGUAGCUAAAAGGAAGUCUGAUAAUUCAGAUGCAAAAGUUAAGAAAGAAAAGAAAACUAAAAAAUCUUCAUAUAUUGCUCUUAAACCUGAAGACAAACCAGUAAAGGAUAAAGAGGAUCUGAACAAAAUAGCAGAGAAUAGAAAAAUAACUGUUUUAGAUGGAAGUGAAGAUAUGCAAGAUAAGUUUGAUAUCCCAUUACUAUCGGAAGUCAAUGCCUCUAAUAAAGAAUCACUGGAAGAGAUUGAACAGAGGAUAAGGAAUGUUAAGAGUAGAUUGGGACUACUUGUAGAUAGUGAUAUUGAGAUAGAGCUUGAUGACAAAGAGCCUGGAGAGGAUAUGCCAUUGAGGAGUUUUCAACCAAUAGCUGAAAUGAAACAAGAAUUGAAAAAAGAAAAAUUGAAAGAAUCAAAUGUAGAAGAAGCUCUAAGUUCAAGCAUUGAGUAUAAUCUGGAUACAACAAAUAAUGUGGAGGAGUCAGAACCUAUUCAAAGUUCUGUUGAGAACAAGAGGAGUAAACAUAAACCCAUCAGUUUUGAAGAUGAUAGUCCACCACCUAAAAAGCUAUCUGUGAGAGAAAGAUUAGGCAAAAAAAACAUAGAAAUACGUACGUCUGACUUCAGGAAAACAAGGUUAAAUUUGGAAUCUAGGCAUAAUCAAGAAAGGGAUAAGAGUGACGAGAGAAGGGAUAGGAGUAGAGAAAGAAGAGACAGAAGUCGAGAAACGAGGGAUCGAAGCCGAGAUAAAAGAGACAGAAGUUGGGAUGCGGGAAACAGGAGGUCUGAGCAUCAGAGAGAUGACAGGAGAAGGAGAGAUAGAAUAGGAGACUCUAGAGAAAUAAAGAGUAGGGACACUACAAGAAAAGAUCCUAGAACAGAAACUGAGAAGGAUGGCUCUAGGAGUAUCCUCAGUAGAUUGGGUGUACAGUCCAAGGUAUCUAUUCCUCAAAAGGAUCCUGAACCUGAACUUGUCGAUGAAUUGAAGACUAGAGAGGUGCGAAGUGUUGUUCAGGUUAAGCCAAGAGUGAUACCAAGUGAUGUUACACAACCCAAUAAAAACCUUUUGUUAAAAGCUGUAGCAGAAGCACAUAGAAGUGUAGCUCUAAGCAUGACGUCUGGAAGCAGUAAGACUGAAUCCUUGCUGAAGAAAAUUUCAAAUUCAAAAAAUGAAGAAAUUGUAACGUACAACACAAGAAAACUACCACAGUCUGAGAAAACUAAACUGAGAAAUCUAAUUCUGUCUGAAUUUGCUCGUGAAAAUAGGAAUAAUUCUGAUGGUGAUGAUGAUGACAAUGAUGAUAAGGGUCAAGUGUAUGUACCAAAACCUAUAAGGCAUACUAAAAGUGGCGAUAUUCCAAAAUAUGUGCCAUCAUCUCAAAGAUCCAGCACAGGUGAGUCUGGGGAUGGAGAAGAGGAAGAAACAUUGACGGAGAGGAUAAAACGAAAAUUUGCUGACCGCCUCGAAGGCAUUGGUAGUUCUGCUUCAAGGUCAAAGAAAUCAAUAAGUGAAGAACGAAAAACUAAGCCAUCUAUAAAAUCUCGAUUGGAUGGAAAGAAAUCUCCGAGUCCUAUAAUAUUUGAUAAGGAUAAAGAAAGAAAAAUUAAAAUUUCACAGGUUGCUACUAAAAUCGAUGUUCCUGACAGACUGCCAGUGGUUCAUCCACCCCUGACCCUGAAGAAUAAGGAGAGAUGCAAAUAUUGGCCAGGCUGCAGACAAGGUGAUAAAUGUGAAUUUGUCCACCCAACUACAAGCUGUGAAGCUUUCCCCAACUGCAAGUUUGGGGAGAGCUGCCUCUAUAUUCAUCCACCGUGCAAGUUUGGAUCAUCGUGUACCAAAAGAGAUUGCGUCUAUGAUCACAUAUUGCCCGUGAAGACUGGUUAGUUCCAAAAGAUCAACUAAUGAUUUCGAAAAGUAAAGAAACUUUUUAUUUUCUCUUAAAAUUGCAAAGAUUGGGUGCUCAUAAGAAUAUUAUUAUUCGAUGCAUAUUCACAGCACAUUUCAUACUACCCAGCAAUGCUAUAUCCGAUGCUAUGAGGUAUAUCAGUGACAUCAACUUCAAUGUCACUGGUAGUUUUAGCAACACAUUAGUUUGAAAUCUGUAUUUGGUGGCAGUUACCGGUUUCAAUUCAAUUAUGUAUUAUACAGCGAGGUUCAAAUUUGGCUGACGUCGUAAUGUGUACGAGAGAGAAGCGUCUAGUCUCUAUGUUGGAAAAAUUGCACUGAUGGCGUCCGUGGCGUCGUCACCCGGGUUGCUAGGCCACGAGGUGCUUCUAUCUCUUUCCAACACACGUAUUGCAUGCUUCUCGCGCUUCUCUCUUGUACACAUUACGACGACAGUGGUAUUUGAUUUUCAGUGUAUUACAGAGAUGUAGAUGUGGAGCUAAAAUAUACUAGAUUGAAGGUUUUAUUUAUUUAUAUUUUAUUUAAUAAUUUGGAACACAAAUCAACUCAG